AUGAAUAAGAACUAUGCUGCCAAGGUGAACGAAGAGAUUGAACGGAUUCUGGAGGCCGACAUCAUAUUUCGGGUGGAGACAAGUGAGUGGGUCUCGCCGAUUGUGAUCUCACUGAAGGAAGCCAACCAAAUCCGCACAACCUACAAGAUGACCACCGACCAGACUUCAUUCCAAUUGAUGUACAGACAGGAAGCUGUUGUGCCAGCUGAGUUCAUGGUGCCAAGCCUUCGCAUUGCAAUCGAGAACAGAUUGGGGGACAUGGAGAGCCUGAGGGAGAGGUUGUAUGUCUUGAACAAGUUGGAUGAGAAAAGAAUGAUGGCCCAGUGGGCUACGGAGGCAGCCCAACAAAGGAGGAAGUUGUGGCAUGACAAGCACUUAAAACGAAUGAAGUUUGCUCUAGGACAACUGGUAUUGAAAUAUAAUGGGCGUAAUGAGAUUAAACCAGGCAAAUUCAAGGUAAGAUAG